AUGACGUCGUCCUUGUCCUCGAGUUCUUCGCUUCUGACGAUCAGACAAAUGUGGCAAGUGGGUCAGCCCAAAUCGCUCCGGACCCUCGCAGUUCCAGCAGCGCGGUCCCGAUGGAGCAGCGGUUCUUUCUUUUGUGAAAGAAUAAGCAAGAACGCUGCUGCGUAUCAGUUUCAGAACCCACAGCAUCCCCUCGCGGCGCUGCAACCACGAUUCUACGCCGUAGCAGCAAGAGACGCUGGUGGUGCUUCAGCUUCUACGACAUCGACAGUGGAUGAGAAAGCCGUUCCAGCCUCUGAACCGCCAAAAACUACAACAACUCCCAUGAUUUCAUCGAGCGGGAACAAAAUUUCUUCGAAACCCACGCCCAGCAUUUUCUCCCGUGCAAAAUACUUCACUUUCGGCGUCGUUUUCGCGUCGGGGGUUUCUUUCUGGAUUUUGAUGCUGGAAGGGCAGAAGAUGGUCGAUAGAUUGGAAUUAUCCGUGCAGAAAGUGGUGGAGUAUCAAACGAGGGUGGAGAAGCGAUUGGACAGGGUCGAGACGGCGAUGGCGGCUGGCUCCUAGUGAGGAUGAAAACAUCAGCCAGGAGGUCGUCAUGAUUUCUUCUGCAAACGAAGAAAAAUAAAUAAGGUGCAAAAAAUGUGAUGAUGAACAAACCGGAACCGAACUAGGACGCCGCGUCUUUCUCAUGCGUAUCUUUUUUGAUGCCAAAAGGCCUGCGUGCCUCCUGUUGUUUCGUCCGAGCGUUAUUUGCAAAACUGUUCAAUCUUAUCUUCCAAAAGGAGAGCCUUGUGCCUCUUGUCGUCCGUGCCAUGCUCGAUGAAUUGGAGCAUGAUUCUGC